CCGCCACGCCCUCACCUCCCGCCUCUCCGCGCCGGUGUUGUCCAAGAUGGAGGGCGGCCUGUCGGCGCCGCUGUCCGUCCCGCUGUUGCUGUUCAUGGCGCUGCCAGCCGCGGGAUGGCUGACCACCAACGCGCCCAGGCCGCCGUCCACAGCCCCGCAGAAUGGCAUCCAAAUCAAUGUAACUACCCUGAGCAAGAGUGGGGAAGUGUCUGAAGAACAGGUUGUUCUUAACAUAACCUAUGAGCGUGGGCAGGUAUAUGUAAAUGACUUACCUGUAAAUAGUGGUGUAACCCGAAUACGCUGCCAGACUUUGAUGGUGAAGAGUGAAAAUCUGGAAAAGUUGGAGGAGAAACACUAUUUUGGAAUUGUCACUGUGAGGAUCUUAGUUCUCGAGAAGCCUGUGACAUACAGUGCCAGCUCCCAGCUGAUUGUCAUCCAAGGAGAGGUUGUGGAGAUUGACGGGAGACAAGCUCAACAAAAGAAUGUUACAGAAAUUGACAUUUUAGUUAAGAACCAGAGAGUACUCAGAUAUUCAAGCUAUUUCCUUCCUUUGGAAGAAAGCAUGCUUUAUUCUAUUUCUCGAGACAGUGACAUUUUAUUCACGCUUCCUGACUUUUCCAAAAAAGUAGGAACUGUUAGCUCACUGCAGACCACCAGCCACUACCUCAUGGGGAAUGUGGAAACCACUGUGGAUGGAAAUGCUUUACCUGGCAAGUUGCCUGAGACUCCUCUUAGAGCAGAGCCUCCAUCUUCAUACAAGGUAAUGUGCCAGUGGAUGGAGAAACUGAGAAAAGCGCUGUGUCGGUUCUGGAGCAGUGUGGCCCCGGUGCUCUUCAUGUUUCUGGACGUCAUGGUGGUUGGAGUUCUGGGAGCAGCAGGAGUCAUAGCAGUGUUAAAGCUGCUCUUCCCAGUGUGUGAGAACAAAGGAAUUCUUCAGGUGGAUAAAAUGAAUGGGAUCUCGGUACCUAUCAUCUUAUACCCAGACGGCUCUGAGAAAACAGCACAGAAACUUACAGAUAAAACAGAUAUUUAAAGCACCAUCUCCAAUCAUGGACUCUACUGCCCCAUUGAAUACCAUUUUAUUUAAAUCAUUCAAUUUAUACAAAGAAAUUGCCAAAUUCCCAAGACCUUUACAGUUGGCCUUUCCAGUGUGAGGCUCCGUGCACAGGCUGGCUGCUCAGAAGAUGAAUUACUAAGGAAAGUUUAAAUGGAAAGAAGAUGACUGAGAAAUAACCAGACUGAAAGGGGAAGUGAGACAAAGCCAAGUGCCAAGACCUCCCAGGUGCCUUUGCUGCAGAAACUGUAUCUAUUUGAUUACUAUUGUAAGAUUUUAUAAGAAGCACUUUAUAAAAUUCUAAUUUAAAAGCUGGAGAACUUAACACUUAUUUUUUUUACUCAGUACAAUGUGCCUUUAUAUCACAUACAUGACACAGUAUAAAAAUCACUGAAGUGUAUCAUGAUUUGUGUUUGUACAAAACCCCUUACCUUGAAUGCACCAGGAUUUAUAAUAGUGACAUGGUUUCACUGUAAAAUAAACUUUUUCUUAAAAGAA